GUACCUAUAUGUGAUAUGAUUCAGAGAAAGCGUGCGUUUCUAAUCUCUGGUACAAACUCUAUAGAGGCAGGCCACUGGAACGGCUUCAUUGUUCUUCAGCUCUUCCUGGAGAUGGCAGUGUUAGUGUUGCUCUUGUGCUGUGUUGGGGUGCAGCUGUCAUCUGCACUUGGACAUCAUGGAACACCCCAACAGUGCCAGCAUGGACUAUAUCCACCUAACAACAGCACAAGUGUUGACACGUUCGUCAUCAACCUUGAUCUACCACCGAGCGAAAGAUGGAGCGAACUGACCGCUGCAAAGAAGUCUGAGGUUGUAAAAAUCCACAGCGUGCUGAAAAAUCUGUUGGACAGCAUCCUUGGAGACAGUCUCCUGGAUCUGAUCGAUUCAAAGAUGCCUAGGCUGCUGAACUCUCUGCCAUCGCCAUUCAGAGAAGAAAUUGCGGCAUUAAGUAAUUCCUCAGGCCUCCCACUCGGUGAAGUGGUGCUGUACAACGUGUUUUAUGAAUUCUUCACCGUGUGCACGUCGAUAGUGGCGGAAGACUCUAACGGGAAAUUGUAUCAUGCACGUAACCUCGACUUUGGUCUCUUUCUUGGGUGGGAUUCCCGCAACCACACCUGGGCCAUGACUGAAGCACUGAGGCCAACGAUUGUUAACCUGGAUUUUCAGAGGUCCGGCCAAACUGUCUUUAAGGCAGCUGGGUUUGCGGGUUAUGUGGGAAUUCUUACAGCGCUUAAACCGAAUGCUUUCUCCCUGACUGUGAAUGAGCGCUUCCGUCUGGAUGGCGGCUACAUUGGCAUAAUCGAGUGGCUUCUCGGUGACCACAGUGAACACUGGGUUGGAUUCUUCACGAGGCAAAUUAUGGAAAAUAUCACAGACUAUGAAACUGCAAAGCGUACCAUCAUUACGACCAAACUGCUUUCUCCGGCUUACUUUAUCCUGGGAGGAAACAAGUCUGGGGAGGGCGUGAUUUUGACCAAGGACCGCAGCAGCCAAACAUCAGAUGUUUAUGGGCUCCAGGACACCCCGGACAGGUGGUUUGUUCUAGAGACAAACUAUGACCAUUGGAAAACACCGCCGUCGUAUGACGACCGACGUAACCCAGGCAUGAACUGUAUGAGAAACAUGUCCCAACAGAAUCUUGGAUUUGAUGGCCUUUUCAACGUACUGUCUUCCCAGCCGGUGCUCAACCAGUUGACAACAUACACUGCCUUAAUGGAAGUGUCGACUGGCAAGCUGGAGACCUACAUUCAAGACUGCCGUGACCCCUGCCCGCUUUUCUAAGUGGGAGGUGAACCGAAGUUAUGGAUGACUCCAAAUAAAUGAACAGUGCUUCUCACAAGGCA